UCCUAUUUUAUGUCCAAUUCCCAACUAACUAUAAUGAACAUUCCCUCCAUAUUUGCAGGACAAAUCCCCAACAAUGUCCACUCUGACCCGACCCACUAUCAUAAACUGCACCACCACUUCAGCCACCGUCCUCACCUCCCUCUCGGUUUGCACCACCCUCACCCACCUUAAACAAGUCCACUCUCAGAUCCUCAAACUCCCACAAUCUCACCACCACUCCCUCCUUUAUAAACUCCUGCUCACUUCUUUCUCUUUACCCACCUCUAAUUCUUCAUCUAUUCAGUAUGCCCUCUCUGUUUUCUCCCAAAUCCCAUCUCCGCCGCCUCAUUUUUCCAAUAAGUUUCUUCGCGAAUUAUCGCGUAGCAACCGCCCCGAAAACGCCUUCAUGGUGUUUGUGAAAAUGUUGAUGAAUGGACUCAUUGUUGACAGGUUCAGCUUUCCUCCUAUGCUAAAGGCUGCGGCUCGCAUUGAGGGUUUAUUCGAGGGGAUGCAGGUUCACGGACUUGGAGCAAAGUUGGGAUUUGAUUCUGACCCGUUUGUGCAGACGGGCCUUGUGGCGUUGUACGCGGCGUGUGGCCGGAUUUUGGAUGCACGAAUGGUGUUUGAUAAAAUGUCUUAUCGAGAUGUUGUUGCGUGGAGUAUCAUGAUUGAUGGGUAUUGUCAAAGUGAGCUUUUCGAUGAUGCCUUGGAGCUUUUUGAAGAGAUGAGGAGGUCUAAUGUGGAGCCAGAUGAGAUGGUUCUUUCAACAGUGUUAUCUGCUAGUGGUCAUGCUGGAAAUUUAAGUUAUGGGAAAGCAAUUCAUGAGCUAAUUAUUCAGAAUAAUGUUGUUAUUGAUACCCAUUUGCAGAGUGCACUUGUUGCUAUGUAUGCAAGUUGUGGUUGCAUGGACAUGGCUAAGGAAUUGUUUGAUAAGAUGUGGCCAAAGAAUUUGGUUGUUGCGACUGCUAUGGUCUCUGGGUAUUCAAGAACUGGACAGAUUGAUGAUGCUCGAAUGAUUUUUGACCAGAUGGUUGAAAAGGACUUGUUCUUUUGGAGUGCGAUGAUCUCUGGUUAUGCUGAGAGUUAUCAACCUUUGGAAGCACUUAAAUUAUUUAAAGAGAUGCAAGUCUUGGGAAUGAAACCUGAUCAGGUCACCAUGCUUAGUGUCAUAUCAGCUUGUGCUCAUCUUGGUGCAUUGGAUCAAGCCAUGUUGAUCCAUUCAUAUGUUGACAGAAAUAGGUUUGGAGGAGAUUUGCGUAUCAACAAUGCUCUUAUUGAUAUGUAUGCAAAAUGUGGGAGUCUGGAACGGGCAAGAGAAGUUUUUGACAAGAUGCAGAGAAGAAAUGUGAUAUCCUGGACUAGUAUGAUCAAUGCAUUUGCAGUUCAUGGAGAUGCCCAUAAUGCACUAGGCUACUUCAGUCAAAUGAAACAUGAAAAUGUCAAGCCUAAUGGGGUUACUUUUGUGGGUGUGCUUUAUGCUUGCAGCCAUGCAGGGCUAGUUGAGGAGGGGAAGAAAAUCUUUGCAUCAAUGAUUAAUGAACACAACAUUACUCUUAAACAUGAGCACUAUGGUUGCAUGGUAGAUCUCUUUGGCCGGGCUAACCUCCUGAGAGAAGCUCUUGAGCUUGUGGAGACCAUGCCUCUGGCACCAAAUGUUGUCAUUUGGGGAUCACUGAUGGCUGCUUGCCGGGUUCAUGGUGAGACUGAAUUAGGGGAGUUUGCUGCCAGACAGAUUCUCCAGUUGGAGCCAGACCAUGAUGGGGCCCUUGUGCUAUUAUCAAACAUUUAUGCAAAGGAAAGAAGGUGGCAAGAUGUCGGGGAGGUAAGGAAAGUAAUGAAAAAAAGAGGUAUAUUUAAGGAGAGAGGAUGUAGUAGAAUAGAAAUGAACAAUGAAAUACAUGAGUUCUUAAUGGCAGAUAGAAACCAUAAACAUAUAGAUCAGAUUUAUGAGAAGUUAGAUGAGGUGGUUAGUGAGUUGAAGCUGGUUGGCUAUGCUCCUGAUACCCAUAGUGUUUUGGUUGAUUUGGAGGAGGAAGAGAAGAAGGAAGUAGUUCUAUGGCACAGUGAGAAGUUGGCACUUUGUUAUGGGCUGUUGAGUGGAGCAAAAGGGACAUGCAUUCGCAUAGUUAAGAAUCUACGAGUUUGUGAGGACUGUCAUACUUUUAUAAAGUUGGUUUCAAAGGUGUAUGGGAGGGAGAUUAUUGUCAGAGACAGGACUAGAUUUCAUCAUUACAAGGAUGGUUUGUGUUCUUGCAGAGACUACUGGUAACCUCAUUUUUACAAACUUCAACUUCUGAUUAAAAUAGUGUAGUAGCUGUGCCAGAGUUAUGAAUCAUGUACAAUUCAUUAUGAACAUUGAAAACGGAGAGGAUGAGCAAAUUUGAAGUUUUGUCAGCUGCACUCUGCCUAUGGUGUUCUCAGUUAACCCUACUGUUCAUUAUAAGUUCUAAUGCUGCAAUUGUUGUACCACAGUACAAAUAUUUCAGGAUCUAGCAGAAGUGAAAAAGAAAAUCAACUCUUUCCAAUGGACUUAAAUGGCAAUGCUGGAUUGGUUUCGCAUCACGUACAAUUUGUUCAAGAACACCAAAUAAGGGUUUGAAAUCAUAUCUCUGCUUAAAGCAUCUCUUUAUUGAAACUACAUAAAAGAGAACUAAUUAAAGAUUGAAUUUAAUGGUUCCUAAAUACCAAACAAAAUGAUCAUACUUCUUCUCACAAGAGAUGAGAACCAGCUGAUGUCCAUAAUUCUCAAGUUGGUAUCUUGAAAUGCUCUCGCACCAGAAAGCUUUUGUAUUGAUUUUGAAAAGCAGAAAACAGGUAAAGUUCUUCAUUCGUUCUUCUUAUCACUCUUGAAAUACUGUAUCUUAAGAGCUCCAGUGCAGCUGAAAGCAGUCUUGAGUUGUCUAAUAUUGAGCUCUGCUUGUACUCCAGAAUCCAUGUUUUAGGCUCUAGUUGAAUGACAGAAGAGCCCCAUUUCUUGUGUACCCAUGAAGUGUUCGCCUUUCUAAUUGAAAAUCCAAACUGUCCAUUGGGCCACUUCGAAAAACCAAAAAAAGCGAACGAAAAGUCAAGAAGCCAAGCAAGAAUGUAGCCAUUGAAUUCAAUAAAGAAAGAUUUUCUCAAGAGGUCAGACUGUCACAAAUUGCAAUUAUGUUUUGCAUCUGAGCAUAUAUUAAGAAAUACAUAUUCUUUUGGUUUACCUCAGUGACUCUACCAGAUAAAAUUGAGAAUGACCGAGAAGAAAAUCCAGUUGUGAGCAGCCCUGCUGUUUGUAGAGGCCAUCCCCAUACGCUUACCUCUUCCGUCGCUGAUUUAUACAAUACACAACGUGAAUUCAAGAGCAAGCCAUCCUGAAACCAAUUGAAGUAUGCUGAUUAUGUUUCCGAAUGGAAACAGCUCUAAUAAUCAUCUCAUCUAUGAGGACAAAAUAACAGAGUCCUUCAGAAGACAGAAAAAGGUUUAACUAAAUACCUGAUUAAUUUUCCAUUUAGAAUCAUUGUAGCUGCAAUUGGAGACCUUGCCAUGAACAAUUCCCUCUAACUCACUCUGUAAGAACCGCAAUCUCCCGUUGAAGUCAGGCACAACAGAAGAGCUCUCACCAACACUCCUCAAAAUGUCAGGGGACAACACUGGCCUGAAAACUCCAGAAACCAUCCAAGAAGACCCAAUUUCAAUCGCAAGGAACACAUUCAAAACCAAAACCAGCGUCAAUAAAAACCUGAGAUGACCAAAACACUUCUCACUUCUUCUCUUCUCCGAAGCCUUAACAUUCGAUCUUGCAAUUGAUUUAAGAGCUGGAGAGCCCAUUAUCGUGAAAGAACUGGAUCUGGGUGUUGACGCAAUAGUAGGAUCAAAGGAGAUUGGCGUGGUCUGUACAUGUUGAAGACGAGAAGCGGAGAGUUCGGUGAGGGAGCUCUUUUGAACGCUGAAAGGCAUGAGGUCAAGAGUUGCAUUGAUGCUAGCCAAGCAAAUUUCACAACUACAAUUAGCGUCUUUUCUGCAUCCAGGGUAGUAGCAGCUGUCUGGCGUUUCGGUUUGGUACUCUUCCGUGGUGGUGACGGUGGUACUUGACUUUACAGAAGAAAAACAAGAUGAUGUUACUGUUUUCAUAGCUAAAGCCUCCUUUGAGUUUGUGAAGUUUUGAUCGGAAUGAAGUGUCAGGGCUUUGUUUUUGUGGUUUAACAGGAUUUUGAAAUUUGAAAACCCAACGGUCAGAAUACGAGUAGCUUAUAAAAAACCUCCACCUUUUUACAGAAA